AUGGAGAUUCGGGAUCUCAUAAAAAACAUUGUAGAGGAUUCAAAGCAUACUAGUCAAGAUGAAGAUCGGUACACAGAUGCACCUCGAGGUGUAAAAGAGGUGCACACUCCUCAAAUUAAAGCUCAACUAUCUGAGUUGACUAAGGUGGUAACGAUUUUUGCUAAGGACAAAGGUGUGCAAUCCACACCCCGUCCCUGUGGCAUUUGCACUCAAGUGGGACACCCGACUGAUAUGUGUCCUCAAUUGCAAGAAGAAGAAUAUGAAGAAGCAAAUGUUAUAGGAGGCUAUUCCGGUCAUAAUCAAAGAACUUAUGAUCAGCCCCGAGGCAAUCAAGGGUGGAACAACAACCAAAGCAUGGGCUAUCAACAAAGACCACCACCCCAUUACCAAGCAAGGCCUCCAUUCCCACAACAAAAUUACCAACCGAGGCAACUACAACCUCUUCCUCUACAAGCCAGAUCCUUAAGUAUGUCCUUAGAAGACACAGUCAAAAGCCUUGCCACCAGCACCCAAAGUUUUCAGCAAGAGACCAAGGCAAGCAUCAAGAAUCUUGAGCAACAAAUGGCACAACUUGCUCAAUCAGUGAGCAAAAUGGAGAAUCAAGGAAAGCUACCUCCUCAAACUGAAAAGAACCCAAAGCACAAUGCUUGUGCAAUUAACUUGAGGAGUGGAAAGAAAUAUGACGGCCCAAAGAUGCCCGAAGAAGAAAGAGAGGAGUUGGUGAUAGAAGAACCACCAAAGAAGGAUGAAAAGAAAGAAGAAAUGGUGGAGAAAAAGAAGCCUGAAGAGAAAGAAGCAAAGAUCACACUACCACCUUUUCCAUCAAGAUUGAGCAACAACAAAAAAGAGAGAGAAGAUAGUGAAAUCAUGGCAAUGUUCCAGAAAGUUGAAGUCAACAUCCCUCUCUUAGAUGCGAUCAGACAGGUACCUAGAUAUGCUAAGUUCCUUAAGGAACUUUGCACAUCUAAAAAGAAGCUACGAGGUAAUGAGACAGUGAAAGUGAGUGAAAAUGUUUUUGCAGUUUUGCAGAAAAGGAUGCCCCCAAAGUGUAAGGAUCCAGGUGUUUUCACCGUUCCUUGCAAAUUGGGAAACUUGUAUGUCCCCCGUGCUAUGCUAGAUUUAGGAGCUUCAAUUAAUGUUUUACCAUAUUCUGUUUAUAAAUCUAUUGGCAUAGCCACUUUAACAAAAACAGGGGUAAUCAUCCAACUUGCAAACCGUUCUAUAGUACACCUAAAAGAUGUAUUAGAGGAUGUUUUGGUGCAAGUUAAUGAGCUUGUCUUUCCUACAGAUUUUUAUGUGCUUGAUAUGGGAGAUGAUGACCAUCCAUCCUCUAGUUCCAUACUUUUAGGUAGACCAUUCUUGAAAACAGCAAGAACAAAAUUUGAUGUCUACAAUGGUACAUUGUCCAUGGAAUUCGAUGGGGAGGUCAUCAACUUCAAUAUCUAUGAAGUAACGAGGUACCCAAGUGAUGUUCAUUGCAUAAAUUUUGUUGAUAUAAUCCAACCUUUGACUGAAAAGUGUUUUGAGUUGACUAACCAUGAUUUGUUGGAGUUAGUUUUGAGCAUGAAUUUUGAUAACAAUUCAGUCAAAGAGAUUGCAGAAAAUUUCAAGUUAGAUGAAGAGUUGCUGGAAAUUGUGGAGAGCAUGGAAGAAAAGAAGAAAAUGAGGUAUGAUAAUAGCAAUGUGAAAUUACCCAUUUCUAACACAAAACUUCUUCCUUCCGUUGUGCAGGCACCUAAGCUAGAAUUGAAGACUCUUCCAGAUCAUUCGAAGUAUGCGUACCUUGGGGAAGAGAAGAAUUUGCCUGUCAUUAUCUCCAACAAGCUGUCCAUUGCAGAAGAAGAUGAGUUGGUGACUUUGCUGAAAAAGUAUAAGAAAGCCAUUGGGUGGACAAUUGCUGACAUAAAAGGGUUGAGCCCUUCCCUGUGCAUGCAUAAGAUCCUCAUGGAGGAGGACUUCAAACCAACUCGAGAGGCACAGAGAAGACUGAAUCCACCCAUGAUGGAGGUGAUAAAGAAAGAAAUCAUGAAGCUUUUGGAUGUAGUUUUCGUGGAUGACUUCACAGUCUAUGGAAACUCCUUUGAUGAAUGUUUGAGCAAUCUAACAAAAAUUUUGCAAAGGUGCAUUGACACAGAUCUUGUGCUUAACUAUGAAAAAUGUCAUUUCAUGGUGGACAAAGGAUUGAUUCUAGGACAUAUUGUGUCCCGAAAAGGCUUGGAAGUUGACAAAGCCAAGAUAGAUGUUAUCAAAAGUCUUCCUUACCCGACAAAUGUUCGGGAACCAUGCAAGGAUACCUUCGAUCGUUUGAAGGAUUUACUCACCUCUGCUCCAAUCAUCCAACCACCUAAUUGGGAUCUCCCGUUUGAGAUCAUGUGUGACGCGAGCAACACGACUGUAGGGGCAGUAUUGGGUCAAAAGGUGGAUCGAGCACACCAUGUCAUCUAUUAUGCAUCAAAGACCCUUGAUGGUGCACAAUGCAACUACACCACAACAGAAAAAGAGUUGCUCGCUAUUGUUUUUGCGCUAGAGAAGUUCCGACAAUACCUCCUUGGAACUAAAGUGAUCAUAUAUUCGGACCAUGCAGCCAUAAAGCACUUACUUACCAAGAAAGAUUCGAAUCCGAGGUUAAUACGGUGGAUGCCGCUUUUGCAAGAGUUCGAUAUUGAGAUCAAAGAUAAGAGCGGGAAAGAGAACCUAGUCGCCGAUCAUUUGAGCCGAAUAGUUCCACCCGAAGAUGCGACUCCCAUCCAUGACACAUUCUCGGACGAGCACUUGUUUGCUAUCCAAACACCACCUUGGUAUGUUGAUAUAUGCAACUUCAUGGUCACGGGAAAGUUCCCACCCGACCUCACGAGGUCACAGAGAGAUAAAAUCAAGAAAGAUGCGAGAAGGUACAAAGGCCUUAAGAAUUCUUCCAAUGAAGGGAUUCCAAAAGGAUCUUAUGGGCUGCUUAGAGCCUAA